AUGGGCUCAGGCACCAACGAGGCGGGGUCAGGGCUUGAUUCCAUUCCGCCAGCGCCGGUUUUUUAUCCUACGGAGGAAGAGUGGUCUGAUCCGUUCAACUAUGUGCGUCGGAUCCAGCGACAGGCGUCUCGCUACGGGAUAUGCAAGGUCGUUCCACCGGGGAGCUGGAACCCACCAAAGACGGGCUCCCCUGUGGUUCGCUUCCGAACGAAGCAGCAAAAUAUUCACCAACUGUUUCGUCGCCGAGGUCUCUAUGAGCGUUUUAUGACUUUUCUGCGGCAGUUCCAUCGCGCACAAGGCGACUGGGCGACAUGUCGAGCCCAAGUGCCCCGAAUAAAGGGCCGGAUUGUCGACCUCAUGUUGCUGUAUCGCGCUGUCAUUGGACACGGAGGCUAUGAACAGGUGAAUCGUUCCGGGUUAUGGCGACGUAUUGCCACUGUUGAACUCCGUAUGAUUUGGACAACGUCGAUCAGCGCCAACACCAAGGCCCUCUAUCACCGGUGGCUGUUGCCUCUGGAGCACCACGAGCGAAAACGUCGGGGUAUGCGUGCUAUGCAACGGGACCCGCUGGAGCUCGAAUUCACGAAGUUCGCUUGCGACACCGAGUGUGCCCAGUGCCUUGUCGAGCACAUACGCGAAAACGAUACAUUAUCUACCGGAAAUGGACAGAAAAGUAUGGGAAAUUCGUAUGCUCCAGCUGGGGCAACCACCGUGUGCACAGAAGCUGGAUUUCCGUGCAACGCGGAACCAUGCUCUACGGAAUCGAAGUUGUGGCGCUGCAUGCAGUGUGGGGAUUCGUGGCAUCCGAACUGCUACGCUCAGGCGAUGUCUGAUUAUGGUACGUCCGCGACAGCGCCAAGUCGGAUGGAAAUCAACCCGACAAUGUUCGUUUGUCCUCAGUGUGACGAUGACCAUCGAUUUGGAUACACCGAAGGGACGGUUUUUUCUUACAAAGAAUACGUUCGCUUCGCACGAGACUUCAAAGCAGCUUGGUUCCGUAUCGGUAGCUCGGCGUCGAUGAAUGAUUGCAAAACUCAGGGACCGACGGCCGAAGAGAUCGAAGGUGAGUACUGGCGCCUUGUGGACACCGCUGAAGAGCGAUGCGAAGUGCUCUACGGGAGUGAGUUGGACGUGAAUAUCGUCGGUAGUGGGUUUCCGCGGCUCGGUUCAGUGACAACCGAGAAAAUGAAUGCGGACCAGCUUGCGCUCUGGGAGCAGUACGCGAUGCACCCGUGGAAUCUGAACAUGCUACCGCUACUCGGGAGCUCUCUUCUGCGGGUGCUCUCGGCACGUUACUCGGGUAUUACAGACCCAUGGCUUUAUGCGGGUAUGGUGUUCGCAACUUUCUGCUAUCACGCAGAGGACUCGGACAUGUAUUCGAUCAAUUACAUGCACAGUGGAGAGGGAAAGGUCUGGUACGGAUGUCCCGGUGGUGACGGCUGUCGCCAGUUCGAGAACGCCAUGCGUGACACAGUUCCCGAACUCUUCGCCGCUAUGCCAGAUCUGCUCUACAACAUGAUCACCAUGGUGAAUCCGGCGGUGCUUCGCGAAAAAGGGGCCCCAAUGUGCCGAACUGUUCAAAGACCUGGCGAAUUCGUCCUGACCUUUCCCCAAGCGUAUCAUGGGGGCUUCUCCUUGGGCGUGAACAUCGCCGAGGCGGUGAACUUCGCGCUUACCGACUGGCUCCCGUACGGACGCCAAGCCAUGGUACGUUAUCGCGAAAUGCGGCGUGAAGCACCGUUUGCGCAGGAGGAAAUCAUCUUCUCGGCACUGGAACGUCGCGACGUCUGGAGCACAAUGGCCCCAGCGGAGCUUGAACGACUCUGUCAAGAGCUGCGCUAUCUUAUUCAGGAGGAGCUCGCGCUCCGCGAGGCCGCGGGUUGCUUUGGCGGCGUACCGGAGCGUCUCGCGGAUCCGCGCGCCCCGACAUACGUGUCGCACCAGGGUGGAAGCGAUCGGGACACGUGUCCUUCUUGCCGCCAACCCUUCUUCCUAAGUGCUGUCCGUUGUGCAUGCAUGCCGGAACGUCGCACAUGCGUGCGACACGCAUUUGCCACUUGUGCGUGUCCUGCCGCUGCCAAAACUCUGCUGUAUUUAUAUUCAGACGCUGAACUGAAGCGUUUGCUGUCUGAUCCUUCUCAAGCUGUGUUGCUGGCAGAGCAUCGCAAAACCAACGGGGAAACAGGAGCGAACCGAAAGCGCGUCCAUAGUGCGUCACGAGCCGACCUCGACACACGUGAGCGGAUCGCGAAACAGGCCGCUGGAGGCAGUCCACCCAAAGCCGUGUCUCUCGCCAACGGAGUGGAUGGUGCGCCCUCUGUCGCGUGCAAGCGAAUGCUUGGAAAGUAUUCGGGGGAAAACGGGGUGGAAUCUUCGAUUCGACCAGAGAUCAAUCAGGCCUGCAGUGGAAACGACGGAAACCGGGCACUGGAGGCUACGCCCAGUGGCGUGCAAUCCGAGUGGUGCACCUCGAACGCAACCAAAUGCAGUCGCACGAAGAUGCAUACGGAACUUUUGGCCAAAACGAGCCAGGUGGAGCAACCAUGUCUGGUGAAGUUCAUACCGGCUGCUGACGGCCAGGCACCGUCAAUUCUACUUUUUCGCGUUCCGUCCGAAUGA